AUGGUCAUGAAGAGUGAAAUGGGAACGCCACCCGAGAAAAGCUGGAGGGCACCAUGGGGAAAACAAAACAAGAAGAAAGUGGAGGAGGUGCUAGAAGAAGAGGAAGAAGAGGAAGUGGUGGAAAAAGUUCUCGACCAUCGAGUGGUAAAGGGCCAAGUGGGGUACCUCCUAAAGUGGAAGGGGUCCUCAGAUGAAGACAGCACAUGGGAACCAGAAGAAAACCUGGAUCCCCCUGGCCUCAUUGCUGAGUUCCUGCAGUCACAGAAAACAGCCCACGAGACAGAUAAAUCAGAGGGAGGCAAGCGCAAAGCUGAUUCUGAUGCGGAAGAUAAGGGGGAGGAGAGCAAACCAAAGAAGCAGAAAGAAGAGUCAGAAAAGCCACGAGGCUUUGCCCGGGGUUUGGAACCGGAGCAGAUUAUUGGAGCUACAGACUCUAGUGGAGAACUCAUGUUCCUGAUGAAAUGGAAAAACUCUGAUGAGGGUGACCUGGUCCCUGCCAAGGAAGCCAAUGUUAAGUGCCCACAGGUUGUCAUAUCCUUCUGUGAGGAAAGGCUGACGUGGCAUUCCUACCCCUCGGAGGAUGAUGACAAAAAAGUUGACAAGAAUUAACUCUCCUGAGUACCAGCCCCUGUCACAUCUGACUGUGGGUUUCAAGUGGGGAAAGAAAGAGUUCUACUUGUCUUGACACCAUAGAGGUGGCUUGAGAAGAUGUCCUUUGAAGAGCCAGUAUAGCUUCUGUGCCCUACA